AUGGGUACCGCAGAGGAGUCAUCCGGGAAGGAUGAUGCAAUGGCCUUAUCGACACCGGCUAGUGCAUCCCUCGGAGAAACAUCUGAGUCGUACUACAUUGACCCGGCAAAGGAGCGUCGGAUGAUGAGGAAGUUUGAUCUGUAUGCCAUCAUGGCAAUGGGCGUUUUGUACAUGAUGUCCAAUCUCGACAGAAGCAACUUGGGAAAUGCAAACAUCGCCGGCAUGCCCGAGGAGAUAGGGCUCAUAGGUAACCAAUUUGGGACUGCAACCACGCUCCUGUUUGCUACAUACGUCCCGUUCGAAGGUCCCGUCGCCAUCCUGCUCAAGGUCGUCGGGCCCAAGCCCUUGAUGACGAUAUGCGCUCUAUGCUGGGGAUGCGUCUGUCUUGGAAUGUCAUUCAUCCAGAACUACCACGGGCUUUACGCCUGUCGCCUUCUCAUUGGUUUCUUCGAGGCCGGAUUGAUCCCCUGCGUCAAUGUCUAUAUUGGCGCAGUCUACAAGAAGUCAGAACGAGGCCAGCGGUCUUCCUUCAUUUUUGCCUUCAGCGCACUUUCCAGUGCUUUUGGCGGCAUCUUGGCCUUUGGCCUCACGCAGAUCCGCACUGCACACUUCGCCGGCUGGAGGUGGCUCUUCGCCGUCGAAGGCGCCAUCACCAUUCUCGUCACAGUUCCCUUCUGGUUCAUGUUCCCCACGACACCGACCGAGGCAUGGUUCCUGACCGAAGAGGAGAAGCACAUGAUGAAGCUCCGCUAUGCUUCCGACCCGUCUUGGGGCUAUGAUGACGAGUUCGAAUGGAGCGAGUGCCUCAAGGCCUUUGUCGAUCCCAAGUGGUAUGCGUUCUUCGCGUAUCAGUUCUCCAUCAACAUCAGCUUGUACGGCCUCACGACCUUCAUGCCAAGCAUUGUCCGCGGAUUGGGAUACGAGUCCGUCACUGCAAAUCUGAUGACGGUCCCCAUCUACAUCGCUGCCUUGUUCUUCUUCCUGGCCCUUGCCUGGGCGUCCGACCGGACGAAACUACGCGGCCCUUUCCUCAUCGUCGGCCUUGUAUGCUUGAUUGUGGGCUACUCCAUCUUACUAACGGUCGAUAAUCUGAAGGUCAGAUUCUUUGCGUGUUUCGUGGCGGCUCUGGGCAUCUACCCAACCACUGGCCUCUCUCUCAUGUGGCUGCAGGACAACGUCUCGCGGCACUACAAGCGCGCCACCAUGGUGGGCUUCACCCUCACACUUGGAAACACGGCCGGCGUCGCGGUCGGACAGAUAUUCACGACGGAGACCGCGCCCCAGUACCUCCCCGGUCUGCGCAUUGCGCUGGGCCUGGCCUGCUUCGCCCUGGUCGACGUCUGCUGCAUCAUGGCUGCCUUCACGUGGGUCAACAAGAAGCGAGCAGCCAAGCUGCUGGCGGCUGAACAGGCUGGAACCCCGAUCGAGCCCGACACUGCUCUGGGAGACUACGACGUGCACUUCCGAUACUGUCUUUAG